UAGGCAAUCGCUCUGUAGUAUUGCAGUAACGUACAAUGUUUACUAUUCUAUAGAGAGGUUGCAUUAUGGAUGGAUUUGUACUACCAUCGCAGUUGGUUCUGGCGUGGCAAGGCUGAAAGUCACGAUGAUGCAUCUAUCCAGCAGUGGGUCUGGUCUUGCUGUCCGUGCGUCGUGGACGCAUUCCCCCAGCCUCCACUAGCGUGCUCUGGUCGCAUCUGUCAUCGAUAUUCGCCCUCGACGCGCCAAAUGUCGCCCUGAAGUGCGCAUACCUGGCGCAAGUAUACAGCGCAGCCAAAGUCAGCGCGGGAACCACCAGACUCGUUUCAACAUGGACGCGCCAUCUUCACAACUCCAUCUCGAAGUUCGCGACUCGGUCGUUCGCGCUCUUGCAACGCGCAGGCCUAUCCUCCACCAUCUAAAUGCCGAUACAUCCUGGCUACUCCAAAUACCACGCCCAGCGAACGCCGUCAAACAUGGAAGUCGCAUAUACUACAAUGUUCUGAUUGACCCGUGGUUCGUUGGCGGGCAAAGCGAUGUCGCGAAAUGGUUUAGCCAACAAUUCCACGCGACGGAGAGCGCUGUUAAGAGUGUUGCCGAAGUGGAGGAGCUGGCGCGACAGGUGGAGAUAUUAGCUGGAGGCCUACGAAUGGGUAGGAAAGGAAGGAAGAGAAACAUAGAGGAGGUAGAGGAGGAAAGCUAUGUGGAUUGUGUGGCUGUUAGCCAUGAGUUCACAGACCAUUGUCAUAAAGAGACACUUCUAGAGGUACAUCGUGAUGUACCUGUUCUCGCGACAGAGCAAGCAGCCAACCUAAUAUCCUCCUGGAACCACUUCCGUACAGUGAUAACAACACCCACCUUCACCGACAACGCCGACUGGCACGACUACAGCCUCUCCCCUCUCCCUUCGUGGCUCAGCAUAUCGCGUCUUACGGCGUCUGGAGAUUCUCUCUACUACCACUCUGCGCUCCUCAUUACCUUCGCUACACAUCCCUUCUUAUCGACAGCCACGCCUAAGAAACGUCUCUCAAGUCUCAGUAUAAACGGUGAUGGAGCAGAGGACUUCUCAUCCAACAUCAAUGGCGAGGAAGCGGAGUGUGUAAUCUACACGCCACACGGCAUCCCCCACGGGGCCCUCAGCCCAAUCGCCAAAGCCGAUCCACCGCUACAUACACUCGCUUUCCUCCAUGGACUCCACGACGUAUCCAUAUCUUCCGCUCAGCAACUCAAUCUCGGUGCCAAGAACGGUGUUCUUGCACAGCGCAUAUUACGAGCGAAAUACUGGGUCGCAACACACGAUGAAGUCAAGAAGGGCGGAGGUUUCAUAAGCUGGUUCCUACGUAGAAAGGUCUGGACAGUAGAAGACGCGUUGAAGGAAGCAAGGGCAGAUGAUGAGGGCGAGUUUACGGAUGUGAGGUUCCAGGACAUGAGGAACGGAGAGAGUAGAGUCCUGGAAUGAAUGUGAAUAUUUUGAGGAUGGACACGAGGGAUAUAAUUGUAAGUAAUUUGUGAUCUUAGUCCUGAGUAUAUACCCAAUUCGCGAAGCUGGGCCUGAAAGGACAGCAAUCUAAAACAUUUCUCCCAUCAUCGACGUUGCAAGACGAACUGCCAGUACAAUGUCCUACAACCGAUCGGGGAAAUACUGUCAUAGGCACAAAUCAUAUUUACUUCACACAAUGUCACAAAACAAACAUGAGCACUACAGCUCCUCCAGCUCUCCUAGUUCCAUCUUUUCUUGCAGAAUUCUUUGUUCUUCUUUGGAUCUUUUCUUUUCUGCUGUCCACUCAUUUUGGAUAUUUGGAGGAGGCAAGGUAACAGGAGGUGGGUUGAACUAUUGC